UGGGAGGAGGAAAUGCAAACAGGUGAUUGCUUGGCAUUGUUUGAACUGGGUGCAGCCCGUCCCUAGAUUGCUGUGUAUGUUAAACUGGUGAGGAUUAUCUCUGCACUCAGUUUGCACUCAGUUUGGCUGAGCGCUACAGCAAAGACUAGUUUUCUGAAGUGGUGUUAACGAAACCUAAAUGGAUUUUUUAAACUUUCUAAAUCACUUCAGUUAAACAAGUGAAUCUUUAGCUUGCGUUAGACGACGAUGAGUGGAUCUUCAGGAAAGAUUGGAAUGACUGGGGUUCAGGAGAAACUGGAGGCAGAGCCUUUGGAUUCUUGUCUGAGGGGUGACAACCUCUUGCCCUCAGUGUCUGAAGGUUCAGAUCAGUCACCCACCGGUGUUUGCGCUCCGUGGAUCGUCAGUGAUUGUUUGGAACUACCGUCAUGUGAAAAGAACGGAGACUUACUUCAGGGUGACUGUAACUCUGAGAGGCUUAGCACGGGCGCAGAUCAGGUAUCUUUGGAGAAGAGCAAUGCUACUCUGGUCUAUAAUCCCGCUCAGCAAACCCCCGAGUCCCUACGACACGCCAUCGAUGAUGUUGGAUUUGAAGCCAGCCUGGGCGAACCUUUUCCUCUCCCAGCCGACACAAGCACAACAACCAUCAAUAUCGUAGGCAUGACAUGCCAGUCAUGUGUGCAAUCAAUAGAAGGUCAUAUCUCUAAAGUGAAGGGCAUUGUAGGCAUCAAGGUAUUUCUUGAACACAGUAAUGCCAAGCUGAAGUAUGUACCCACAGUCAUCAGCGCCCAACAAAUAUGUCAAGCAAUUGAUGACAUGGGCUUUGAAGCAUCUCCUGCUAACCAAAGGAUGCCUUCACUUCAAACCGUUCCCUUACCUCUCGAAGCUGUGGGGAAGAUGAAGGUGGAAGGCAUGACGUGCCAUUCGUGUGUCAGUACAAUUGAAAGUAAAAUCAGGAAAUUGCAAGGUGUCCAGCGAAUUAAAGUCUCUCUUAACAGCCGGGAAGCAAUUGUUAUAUACCAGCCUUAUAUCAUUCAGCUGGAUGAGAUCCGCAACCAAAUUAUUGAUGCUGGCUUUCAGGCCACCAUCAAGAGCAAACUAGCUCCCCUAAAACUAGGUGCCAUGACCUAUGAUGGUUUGAAUAACAUAAAGAGCAAUAAAGCCAAGAAUUCACAAAUCAAAGAGGCAGGUAACUUAUUAACUGUGGCUUUCUGCAUAGAGGGAAUGCACUGCAAGUCUUGCGUUGGUAAUAUUGAAGGAAAUCUCAGAGAGCUCCCAGGUGUACAGAGCAUUACAGUGUCUCUGGAGAGUAAGAAAGCUAUUGCAAAGUAUGAUCCAAGCUUGACUUCACCAACAUCAUUAAAAUUAGCCCUUGAGGCCAUACCACCAGGGAAAUUUAAAGUAUCUCUUCUGAAUGGGAUUGAAAUGAGAAAUGCCACUUUGUCAUCCGUUCCGGUUACACCAUUCCCACACCAACCAAGCUAUAAUGCCGAAGAACACUUGGAAACGACAACUAGCACAACAAUUAAGAUUGAAGGAAUGACUUGUAAUUCGUGUGUUGAGUCUAUAGAAAAAAUGAUUUCCCAAAGGAAAGGUGUGGAAUCGAUUAAAGUAUCGUUAACCAAAGAGAUUGGGAACAUUCACUUUGAUCCAUCGCUCACAAACUCUGAAGAAUUGAGAACUGCAAUAGAUGAGAUGGGAUUCAUAGCCUCUUUGUCUGAUGUUGGGGGUGCAAAUGAUCCCUGCUCCACCACCACCACCAAUGAUUCAGAGAGACCAUCGCCGCUGGCCACGAGAAAAGCACCAGUUGUCAGGAAGAAGAAAAUGAAGGACAUUGGUAAAACACAACCCAGUGAUUACAUCCUCGAGUUUCUCCCCCCCAAAUCCAACCCAGAUACUGAGAACCAUGGAGUGUUGCCCCCAUCCGAGAAGUGCUUCCUACAAGUAACUGGAAUGACCUGUGCCUCCUGUGUUGCCAAUAUUGAAAGGAAUCUUCAGAAAGAAGAAGGUAUCCAUUCAGUUCUGGUAGCUCUCAUGGCAGGGAAGGCCGAAGUGAAAUAUAAUCCAGACAUUGUACAACCACCUGAAAUUGCAGGAUUUAUCAAAGAUCUAGGAUUUGGAGCAACUGUUAUAGAAGACCAUGAUGGCUCGGAUGGAAAACUGGAACUUAUUAUUACAGGAAUGACUUGUGCCUCUUGUGUUCACAAUAUUGAAUCAAAGUUAACCAGAGCUGACGGCAUUUUGUAUGUGUCGGUGGCCCUGGCUACCAGCAAGUCACACAUCAAAUUUGACCCAGAAGUGUUGGGCCCUCGUGACAUCAUCAAGAUGAUUGAGGGUCUCGGCUUCAAUGCUGACUUAGUCAAAAGGGACACUGUGGCACAUAAUCUGGAUCACAAAGAGGAAAUAAAACAGUGGAAGAACUCCUUUCUGUUUAGUCUAGUUUUUGGAGUCCCUGUCUUGGGUCUAAUGAUAUAUAUGAUAGUGAUGGAUAACCAGCACCAUGGCUCCAUGCCCCCAGAACAAAACAUUAUUCCUGGUUUAUCAAUACUGAAUCUAGCUUUCUUUGUUCUCUGUACUCCUGUUCAGUUUAUUGGAGGAUGGUACUUUUACAUUCAAGCCUACAAGUCUCUCAAACACAAAACAGCCAAUAUGGAUGUGCUCAUCGUUCUGGCUACAACCAUUUCUUAUUUGUACUCCUGCGUGAUACUGAUUGUAGCCAUGGCUGAAAAGGCUGAUCAAAGCCCAGUAACAUUCUUCGAUACUCCACCAAUGUUGUUUGUCUUCAUUGCUUUGGGGAGAUGGCUGGAACACGUGGCAAAGAGCAAGACUUCAGAAGCACUGGCUAAACUCAUGUCCCUUCAGGCGACAGAAGCUACACUGGUAACUCUGGGAUCAGACAACUCCAUUCUUGGUGAAGAGCAGGUAGAUGUCAACCUUGUACAGAGGGGAGACAUUAUAAAGGUAGCCCCUGGGGGCAAAUUCCCUGUGGAUGGAAAAGUAACUGAAGGAUGUUCCAUGGCAGAUGAAUCCCUUAUUACAGGGGAGCCCAUGCCUGUUACCAAAAGGCCGGGAAGCACAGUGAUUGCUGGAUCUAUUAAUGCUCACGGCUCGCUGCUCAUUCAGGCUACUCAUGUUGGUGCAGACACUACCUUGUCACAGAUUGUUAAAUUAGUAGAAGAGGCACAGACAUCAAAGGCACCGAUUCAGCAGUUUGCUGACAAGCUAAGUGGAUAUUUUGUUCCGUUUAUUGUUGUUAUUUCAGUCAUUACGUUGAUCGUCUGGAUAGUCAUCGGUUUCUUGAAUUUCGACAUCAUGAAGCAGUACUUAUCAAACUUUGGCAAAAAUAUUUCUCAAGCAGAGCUGAUUGUCAGAUUCGCAUUUCAGACCUCAAUCACAGUGUUGUCUAUUGCCUGUCCCUGUUCUCUGGGUUUAGCAACACCUACGGCUGUGAUGGUGGGUACAGGAGUAGGUGCGCAAAACGGCAUUCUCAUCAAAGGUGGGGAACCACUGGAAAUGGCACACAAGAUCAAAGUGGUGAUGUUUGAUAAGACUGGCACCAUCACACACGGGGUUCCUAAGGUAAUGAGGGUUCUCAUACUGGUGGACACAGCUCUUCUGCCGCUCAGGAAACUACUUGCAAUUGUUGGGACUGCAGAAGCCAGGAGUGAGCAUCCCCUCGGGAACGCUGUGACCAAAUAUUGUAAGGAAGAACUUGGCACAGACGGCCUUGGCUACUGCACUGAUUUUCAAGCAGUGCCAGGUUGUGGCAUCAGUUGCAAGGUUACCAACGUUGAAAGAAUGCUGGAGCAAAGCGCAGAAAACCUCAAUGAAAGAAACAGACAGGUUACAGAUUUGUUGCAGAUUAGUGCCUUGCUCAGCAAGAGUCCAGUGACCUCGCCGAUCAUUGAAGCAGAACUAGAAGGUGCAGUGGCUCCACAGGUUUAUUCUGCAUUAAUUGGAAACCGUGAGUGGAUGAAACGCAACGGUUUACAUGUUGGAAGUGAUGUCGAUGAGGCCAUGACUAAUCAUGAAAUGAAAGGACAGACAGCGGUGCUGGUCGCCAUUGAUGGCACCUUGUGUGGAAUGAUAGCAAUCGCAGACACUGUGAAACCAGAAGCUGCACUGGCUGUGUACACCUUGAACAGUAUGGGAGUGGAUGUGGUGCUGAUAACGGGAGAUAACCACAAAACUGCCCAGGCCAUCGCUUCCCAGGUUGGCAUCAAGAAGGUUUUUGCCGAAGUUCUUCCUUCGCAUAAAGUAGCUAAAGUUCAGGAGCUCCAGGACAUGGGAAAAACAGUAGCGAUGGUUGGAGAUGGUGUGAAUGACUCUCCAGCCCUGGCAAAAGCUGACGUGGGGAUUGCUAUUGGAACAGGCACAGAUGUGGCCAUCGAAGCAGCAGAUGUUGUACUUAUUAGAAACGACCUACUGGAUGUUGUGGCUAGCAUUGAUUUGUCAAAGAAGACCGUUUGGCGAAUUCGGAUUAAUUUUGUCUUUGCAUUAAUUUAUAACCUUGUUGGAAUUCCCAUCGCUGCUGGAAUAUUUUUGCCUAUUGGGCUAGUUUUGCAGCCGUGGAUGGGUUCUGCUGCGAUGGCAGCCUCCUCCGUUUCUGUUGUGGUCUCAUCGCUCUUGCUGAGACUCUACAAGAAGCCAGACAUUGAAAAGCUCGAACUCCGGGCACAGGGACGCAUGAAGCAGUUCACGCCAUCGCAGAUCAGCAUCCGCAUCGGGAUGGACGACAAACGGCGCGAAUCUCCAAAGUUCAGUACGUGGGACCGGAUCAAGCACAUCAGCCAAGUAUCCCUGAGCUCGCUGAGCUCAGACAAACAGCCCAGCCAGAGCCCAUCCCUCAACGAGGAGUUUGACAAAUGGUCCCUCCUGGUUGGAGAGGAAAACAAAGAAAAUAUUAUCUGAUGGACCGGUUGAAUUUGGGGCCCGGGGGAAGGGAAAUUCAUGACUAAAUUGUGCCCACGUGUGUACCUCAAUCAAUGUCCAGGA